UCCGUCAUAUGCUCUAACUAGAAAAACAAUAGUCUCCAAAUAAAUCGUUAGAUUAUAUUUGACAUUAUUAACUUUUUUCUUCCUUACAAGAAGAAGCGGCCAUGGAAGCCAAGGGAGCAAGCCAGCUUAGCUCUAUUAUCGUUCCUUCUGUUCAAGAGAUGGUCAAGGAGAAGAUGAUCAAGACGGUUCCUCCCAGGUAUGUACGGUCUGAUCUAGACAAAGCUGAGAUCGACGUUGACUUAAACACCAAGAUCCCAGUCAUCGACAUGAAUCGUUUGUGUUCUUCAACCACCAUGGAUUCUGAGAUUGACAAGCUCGACUUCGCUUGCAAAGAAUGGGGAUUUUUCCAGCUUGUAAACCAUGGAAUGGACUCAGGCUUCUUGGAUAAAAUCAAGUCCGAGAUUCAAGAUUUGUUCAACCUUCCUAUGGAAGAGAAGAAGAAGCUUUGGCAACAACCUGAGAACAUGGAAGGGUUUGGACAGGUUUUUGUGGUUUCAGAAGAGCAGAAACUCGAUUGGGCAGACAUGUUCUACGUUGCAAUGCAACCAGUUGGAUUACGUGACUUGUUCCCCAAGAUACCUCUUCCCUUUAGAGAUACACUGGACUCGUAUUCCGCUGAAGUGAAAAGCAUAGCUAGGAUCUUAUUUGAGAAGAUGGCCAUAGCCUUGAAGAUCAAGCCCGAGGAAAUGGAAAAGCUUUUUGAUGAUGAGUUAGAACAGAGAAUAAGGAUAAAUUACUACCCACCUUGUCCAGAGCCCGAUCAGGUUAUUGGUCUGACUCCGCAUUCUGAUUCUACUGGACUCACCAUACUGUUGCAGGUUAAUGAAGUGGAAGGUCUACAAAUCAAGAAAAACGGCAAGUGGGUCUCUGUCAAACCUCUCCCAAAUGCAUUCAUUGUCAAUGUUGGAGACAUCUUAGAGAUCAUAACGAAUGGGACAUACCGAAGUAUAGAGCAUCGUGGGGUUGUGAACUCAGAGAAAGAGAGGCUAUCUGUGGCAACAUUUCACAACACGGGAAUGGGUAAAGAAAUUGGUCCACUAAAAAGUUUCGUUGAAAGGAAAAAGGCUGCAUUUUUCAGAAGCGUUACCAGUGAAGAGUAUUUAAAGGGCUUCUUCUCCCGUGAGCUUAAUGGAAAAGCUUACCUCGAUGAUAUGAGAAUCUAGAGGAAAAACCACAGAAGUUUUCUUCUUUGAAAAAAAAAACAAAAAACAUGGGUAUGUUUCUUAUACUGUAUUUCGAACUUUAUUAAUAAAGGAAUAAAACAAGGAACCUUUCUGUAACAGAUGUAAGAUUUUAUUCAGCAAUGUAUUCUUUUUUGCUGUUGUUA